ACAGACCAUCCACCACUAUUACUCUCUCCUCCUUUCCCCUCUUUCACUUUGCUCAAUCGAAAUCUCCUCUCUUCACAAGGAAGGUGCUCUCAUCACCGUCUUCUUACGAACCAAAGGUCUUUGAUCUGGAACUUGAGAGUUUUUUACUCAGUCGAGUCGGGUAGGGGAAAUGGCGAGUGAAGCUCCGAGUUGGGCAGAUCAAUGGGGAGCCGGAGGGUUUGGGGCGAUGCCGGAGGAGGAAAACCCUAAUGCAAAGAAAGACGCCGCCGCCGGCAAAAACUCCGGCGUGGCCAAAUCUGGAAUCAACAGAGCAAAGAUCGUUGCUUUUAUUGGAGUCAAAUGGAUCAAGAAUCUUGUCCACAUGAAGAAGAAGAAGAAGGAUUCAACUUCUUGAACCCACCACCCAAAAAAAAAACUUUUUUUUUAUUUGUUUACAGUUUUGUAUGAUGCAUCCCACGACUAAGAGUUUGACCUUGUUCUAUUUGACAUGGCUCCAAUUUUCCAUUACUCCCCAAA